UUCAUUACACUUUUGUAGCCCAGCAGAUCAACACGCGUAGUAAACCAAAAAAUUCCUUUCUUUGAAAUAUAAAACAAAAUUUAUUGAAAUAGUUAAUAGACACAAAACGUGCAACGCCGAAACACAUCCAACCCUGGUCGCAUUUUCGCGAAUUCUCCCCGGCUUCCCACUUCUCAAUUCCGCUCGUGCUCUUUUCGGCGGCUGUGAUUUAUCCCGUAGUGCACUCGAUUUUGGACAGGACACACAUCCACAAACUCGCUGAAAAAUGGAGGCAGCUAUGCUGGAACUAAUCAAUGGACUCCUGGCCACGGACACGGAGCGAAUUCGCCAGUCGACCGACCAGUUGAUGAAGGCCUACGAGAAUCCCGAUACUUUGUUGUGCCUCGCCCAGAUCGUAACGUCGAACAAUGAGACACAGGUGCGCCAGUUCGCCGCCGUGCUCCUCAGGAAGCGACUGAACAAGCUGCGCCACUGGCAGAUGCUUUCCGCCGAGCAUCAGGCAGCCAUUAAAUCGACCAUGUUGCAAGUCCUGAUCACGGAGAAGGAAAGAAGCGUUAAGAACGCGGUGGCCCAGCUGAUUGGCGCCCUGGUACGCCACGAGGCGGAAAAGGGAGAGUCCUGGAUGACGGAGCUGCUCAACUUUGUCUACGAACGCUGCAGCAGUUCCGAUCCCAAGGAGAGCGAGCUGGGCGCCACCAUCUUCUCCACACUCACGGACUCCGCCCCCGAUCAGUUUGCGCUCCACAUGGAGGCCAUCUUCCAGCUGUUCGCCGGUGUUCUAGUAGCCGCCGAGGCAUCCGGCGACCUGGCCACACCAACCGUGUACGAGAUGCUGGUCGGCACAUGCUACCUGCUGCCGUUCAUCAGUGGUCACAGUGCUGCCGAGCAGACGGUCGUCAAGGCGAUGCCGCUGAUCCUCAAGGCCCUGCACGCCUUCGCCCAGAAGGGGGAUGAACAAAAGUUCAUGGGCGCCUUUGAUAUUGUGGACCACAUGGCCGAGUAUGUGCCCCAUUUGCUAAACACUAAUGUCAAGCCGCUGCUGGAGUUCAGUCUGGUAAUAGCGGGCGACAAGCAGCUCGAGGAUCCGAUUCGCUGCCAGGUGAUAUCCUUCAUUGCCGUCCUUGGCCGCAUUAAGAAGAAGCCGAUAUUGAAGCAAAAACUGCUCGAGCCCAUUCUAUCCGUUUUGUUCGAAGUGAUGUGCCAGCACGAAUGCGAAGAUGCAGACGAGGAUUACUUUACCGAGGAGAGCGAGGGUAAACCAGCGUCCGCGGCUGUGCAUGCCCUAGACCAGAUGGCUCUUAACAUGUCGCCGGAAAAGUUUAUUCCGCCGAUGCUGCAGCUGUUGGAGCCGGCGUUGCAGAACCCGGAUCCUGCGUAUCGUCGUUCCUCCUUUAUGUGCAUGGGCGUCAUCGCCGAGGGUUGCUCCGAGGCCAUUAUCAAUAAGUAUCUGGAGGUCAUGCUGAAUAUCAUCAAAGCCGGAAUUGCCGACUCCGUGUCGUUGGUGCGCGCCUCUGCUUUCUUCGCACUUGGUCAGUUUUCCGAGCAUUUGCAGCCAGAUAUCUCGAAGUUCGCUCCACAGAUUCUGCCCGUCCUCUUCGCCUAUUUGAGCCAGCUGAUAUUGGAGCUCAAGGUGGGUGAGCCGGAUCGUAAGCACAUGGAUCGCAUGUUCUAUGCAUUGACUACCUUCUGCGAGAAUCUGGAAGAUGAGCUUGUUCCCCAUUUGCCCACACUGAUGGACCGUCUGUUCAAGAUUCUGGAACCCCAGCACCCUAUAAGCGUACGUGAAAAGGCCCUGGAAGCUCUCGCGUCUGUGUCCGACGCAGCUAAGGCGCACAUGAUGCCGUAUUUCCCCACCAUCAUGAGCAUUCUGCAGCCCUUUCUGGUAAAGGAUUGCCCCGAAGAAGGGAAAGGUCUGCGCAUCGAAGCCAUCGAAACACUUGCCGCUCUCAGUCGCAACGUGGGCAAGGAUAACUUUAUGCCGCUGGCCGACGACACAAUGAACUUCUGCCUGUUGAUGCUGGCCGAUGGUCCCGACGAUCCAGACGUCCGAAGGGUCAUUUACCGCUUGAUCGGUUCUCUGUCAACGGUGGUCAACGACAGCAUGGCCACAGUGUUCCCCAAGAUCAUGGAUCGUGUAAUGGAGUCGGUGAUCUCCACGGAGGAUAUGAUGCCUUGUGUGUCGGACAAGGAUGAAAUGGAUCCGGUCCUGGAGGCUGCCAAUGUGGAUAUCGAUUUGGAGAACACAGACGACGAGGAUGACUCUGAGGACUUAUUGGCCUACCAGACUGAGAAUGACUAUGUCGGCGAAAAGGAGGAGGCUAUUUAUGCACUCAAGGAAUUUGCUGAAAACACGGGUUCCGCCUUCGUGCCCUAUUUGCAGCCUGCUUUCGAGAACGUCUACACGGUGAUUGAUCAUCCGCAGGAGGAAAUCCGAAGGGCGUCCAUCACUGCUAUCUGCGGGUUCAUGUUGGCUCUUGAUAAGAUGAGCGACGCUGACGGUCUAGCGCGCGCCAGCGGAAUUGUCAUUCCAAAACUUGCAAAAUUAUUGCGAUCUGACGACGAAGUGGCGGUCGCAAUUCACCUGAUGGAACAGCUCUCCGAUCUUAUGAGGGAAGCCAAGCUGCCGGUCAUAACCAAACAGGAACACGUCGAUGAUAUCUGCGCCGCCAUCAAGGACGUUUUUGCCAACAAACUGGCCUGCCAGUUUAACGAGCAGAGCGGCGGUGGAGAUGAGGAGGAUGCCGAGGACAGCGAGUUCGAUGAGAUGCUGAUCGAGACUGCUUUCAAUCUGGUGCCCACGCUUAAAAAUAGCGUUGCCCCGGAGGCAUUCUCGAUGUUCUUCGGACGCAUCUACCAAUUCUUCGUUCAAAAGCUGGCCAAGGCCAAGAAGCAAGAUAUGCCCGAGCACCGGGCCUUCAUCUAUGGUGCUCUGGCCGACUGCUUCAUCGCGCUGGGGGGAUGCACGGCUAUGUAUUUCGACGCCCUGUGCCCGCUUUUUAUCGCAGGGACCAAGGACUCGGAUCCCAAAACGCGUCAGAACUGCUAUUUUGGGCUGGGUGAAAUGGUCUUCCAUGCCGAGCAAAAAUCAUUCGAAUCAUAUCCGGCCAUCUUGCAAGCCCUUUCCGAAGCAAUCAGCAGGGAGUCCAAUCCCCCUGCCUUGGACAAUAUCUGCGGAGCAGUGGCGCGCCUGAUCUGCACCAACCAUGAGGCGGUCCCGCUCGGCCAGGUGCUGCCCGUUUUCCUCAACCACUUGCCGUUGAAGGAGGACUUCGAGGAGAACGAUAUGGUUCAGAAAGCGUUCCGCGUGCUCUACAUGAAUGAUUUACCCAGCAUUGAGCCCCAUGUCGAGCAAAUGCUGAUUAUCACCAUCGACUCGGUUUUCAAGAAACAGGUGGCCAGCGAUGAGGCCACCGAAAGCGCGGUGACCUUCAUCAAGGAGAUUCGCACCCACUAUCCGGACAUUUUCAACAAAGUGGCAAACACGAAUCCGGAGGUGUUCAACUAUGUGCAAGCCCUGUAAGCACACACAUCCUCACGCCAAUACACCAAUCAGCUCUCGCCACACGUCACACAUCCGCACCCAAUCUGGCUAAUCCUCGUACUCCCUCCGCCCGCAGACAAAUCUAUUGGAAUUGAUGCAGGUGUCCCGAGAACAAUGCGCUCUGGAUAAGAAUGGGUCCGAGAAUAUAAAAAUUUUCAGUUGUACGUUAGUGUGCUUUUGCGGCGUUAAAACAUUCAGGAUAAGUGAUCUUUAAAUUUGCAAGCUGUAGUUUUUCUACCAGGCCGAAAAACCACGGCGACAUGUUUUGUAAUUUAUAAUAUCUGCACCCAGUGACAUAUGAAUAGUCUGAAAUAAACGAUACAAUAAAGGA